GACCGGCUGAAAACUGAGAAGGAAUAACGCAAAAUGUGUGCCCAGUCUCUCAUCCAAGCCUCUUCCAAGAUGGCGGGUCGGGGUCGAGGAAGAGGUAGAGGACGAGGAUUUUCCUUUGACGUAGGAGUGAUUGGCUUUAAGCGUGGGGAAGCUUUACCCGCUACAAUACAACAGCCUCCUCCACUUUACCCGCCUCAAGAUGUCAAACCAUUGCCAUUAAGACAGACAGAUGCCGAUGAAUACAUGCUUGCAUUGAAACAAGAAUUAAGAGGGUGUAUGCGUGAACUACCUUAUUUCGUGAAGGCAGAAAUUAAGUCCAAAGAUAUUGAGAGGUUUUCGGACAGAUAUAGAGAAAAGAAAAAGGAAGAAUUAGAGUGGCAACCAGACUGGAGAUUAUUUCCAAAUGAGUUAAAAAUAAGAGUGAAAAAACACAGGAAUCCUAGCAAUGCAAGACCAAGAAUUGGCAAACCAGUUAAAAAGAAUAGUGUUGGUGUGGAGGCUUUGAAGCAGCUUGAGGAAAUGGUCCAGAAAGAGGGUAAUAAUGAUCAAGCUAAUGAUCAAGAGGAAGAAGGAACAGAAGGAGAAAGUGGUGAGGAAGAACUGGAAUAUGACGAAGAGGAACAGGAAGAGGAAAACGAUUACUUGGUGUCACACUUUGAUGAUGACGAAGAUGCCUUUAUGGAUGAUGAUGACAUGGAUGAAGGGCCAAUCUACUGAUGCUUAACAUCAUGAAGUGAAAGAAGAAAGCAAUUGGGGACAGCUUGUUUAGCUGACCUGUCCAGCCAAUUGAGAUUGUAAUAGAUUAAAAAGAGGCCAGGAGGGAGAAGCAUGCAUCUUCACAAAUGACUCGACAAAGGAUUAACAAUGGGCUCAACUGGAAGUCAAGUGAAGGAAAAGCACAGUUGGUAUUGUGUUACUACUGAUCCUUCAUGUAGAAAAGUCUUCUAUCCCUUUCUGAGGAUUCAUUUUUACAUGGCUCAAUUACUGCACAGUAUUUUAAUGGUCAAUCAGAAAAUGAUAGCUGGCAAUCUUUAUAAAGAAGAAGGAAAGUCACAAAUACCAAGUAUACAAUUUGCAUACAAUGCACCAGAAGAUUUUGGACUAUGGCAAAUAAAAGGUGGUUGAAUGUAUAAAAACUAAUGAUAAAGAACUGAUGGAAAUGUCUUUUAAAAAACAUAUCAUCUAAUGAUAGGAAAGGAGAAGCAUUAAUCUUGCCUAUGUUGUGGAAAAGUGAUGACUGAACUGACUAAUUUUUUCUUACAAAUUUUUCGUCUUUGAUGCUAUUUGGCAUUCAGAGUUCUAUGGCAUGUUCAGGUUGAUUGCCCUUGCAUAACACAGCUGCUGGUCUGUAGAGUACUGAAUUGCUUUGUCAAUUAUAUAGAGAUUGUCAAUCUCUA